AUGGCUAAAGUUGCUGAUUUUUUUAUGGAAGGCCCUUGGGAUCUGCUGGCAACAAUUGCUCCAGUUAUCCACCAUGUAUUCAAUAUCAUCCAAAGCAUGGACACCCCACCUUCCAACAACCCAGAUCGCCGUGUAUGGGCUCACACCAAUUCUGGUUCUUUCUCGGUUGCUUCUGCAUGGGAGGCAAUUAGAUCCAAGGCACCGCCUUGGGAAUGGGACUGGGCCAUCUGGAAAAAUAACCUGCAGCCUCAAACAUCAGUGUUUGGAUGGCGUCUGAUGUAUGGAGCCCUUCCAACCGAUGACAAAGUUCAAUGCAGAGCUGUAGCACUGGCCUCUAGGUGUGAGCUUUAUGGAGUUGCUUGUGAUUCUGGAACCCACAUUUUUAUGAACUACUCCUUCUCUUGUGACGUUUGGAGGGAUAUCUUGCUUCAGUUCAAUGAAAGCUGGACUGGGUUCCCAACAAACCAGCUUUUAUUUUUGUGGUGGCGGAAAAAACUUAAGCUUAUCCCCCAACCCACAAUCUGGGGACCCCUCAUUGUUAUUGCAUGUCAAUAG